AUGAGAAGGGUGCCCAGCAGUAGGGGCAGCAUUUUGGAAGGAAUUUUAAGGUGAACACAACUUCCAGUGAAAGGUAAAUCAAUAUGGACAAUAAAGAUGAAUAUUUACUUAACUUCAAAGGCUAUAACUUUCAACGAUCUCUAGUUAAAAUGAACAUAGUGGAAAGUACCAUCUGGACACAACAGAUCCUCAGCCUGAUUUAUUUUGAGGGACACAGGAGCAACACUGAAAACAUCCAAACAGUAGACAGAGCACCAUUCUUUGAGUACAAUAUUCAUAAUGUGGACUUUGCCAAAAUACCAUCACCUCGUAUCUUUUCUACCCACCUCCCAUAUUAUCUGGUGCCAAAAGUUUUCAAGAACAAAAAAGUCAAAAUUCUUUAUAUAUACAGAAAUCCUAAAGAUGUUUUGACCUCCUACUUUCAUUUUUCAAGUUUGAUUGUUUUACUUGAAGCCUCAAAUUCUGUGGAAACAUUUAUGCAAGCAUUCCUAGAUGGAAGAGUGGUAGGAAGCAAUUGGUUUGACCACAUAAGAGGCUGGUAUGAACACAGACAUGACUUCAACAUUAUGUUCCUGAGCUAUGAAGAUAUGAAAAAGGACCUCAGGGGCUCAGUGCUUAAAAUCUGCAGUUUUCUGGAGAAAGAACUGAGUGAAGAAGAUAUGGAUGCUGUUGUGAGGCAAGCUACAUUUCAGAACAUGAAAUCUGACCCGCGAGCAAAUUAUGAAGAUGUAAUAAGAAAGGACAUUGGGACAAGAAAUGAUCAGGGAACAUUUCUCCGCAAAGGAACCAUUGGAGACUGGAAACAUCACUUGACUGUGGAUCAGAAUGAAAGAUUUGAUAGAAUAUUCUACAGAAACAUGAAAAACAUUCCCUUAAAGUUCAUCUGGGAUACAAAUGAGUAGAAUUUUAAUUACCAUGUAAACUAAUCACAUAAAAAUGUACUAACCAAAGACCAUACUUAAAUAUUAAAAUUAAUUUCUUCUUAUUAUUUAAUUAUGAAAUAUAAAGCACAAUUCUUUAAUGAAAUAAUUAGCUUAUGAGCUUAUGCUUAGUUUGCUGGCCAUAACAUUGAUUUCAAAGGUAGCUUUUAGCAUUGUUAUCGUUCACAAAAUUGAUAUAACAUAAAACAUAAAAUAUGGCUUGUAGUCUUUAGAGAUUCUUCUAUAGUUCACUUUUUCUUUACCUUUAAUUAAAUUAGCAUAAAAUAGACACUAAAAAUUCAUUUAAUCUUAUACUUAACUUUAAUUGAUUGCUUUCAAAAUCAAUACGACUGUUCAAAUGUUUUGUGUGAAAUAAAGAGAGUUGUCAUAUAAAACAUU